AUGCCUCCAUCAAGUAAGGCUGAUAAGAAAGCAGCAAUAGAUGCUGCAGCAUGGAUGUUCAACAUCGUGACUUCUGUUGGGAUCAUCAUUGUAAACAAAGCAUUAAUGGCCACAUAUGGUUUCACUUUUGCCACAACAUUGACGGGAUUGCAUUUUGUGACGACCACCUUGAUGACCCUUGUUCUUAGGUGGCUGGGCUACAUCCAACCCUCACAUCUUCCCACUUCAGAACUUUUGAAGUUUGUCCUGUUUGCUAACUUCUCCAUUGUUGGAAUGAACGUCAGUCUAAUGUGGAACUCAGUAGGAUUCUACCAGAUAGCAAAGCUGAGUAUGAUCCCAGUAUCAUGUUUAUUUGAAGUAACAUUUGACAAGAUUCGAUAUUCACGAGACACAAAGCUGAGUAUUUUGGUUGUUCUUCUUGGUGUUGCUGUCUGCACUGUUACAGACGUGAGUGUUAAUGCUAAAGGUUUUGUUGCUGCUUUCAUUGCAGUAUGGACUACAUCUCUCCAACAAUACUAUGUUCAUUAUCUUCAAAGGAAAUACUCUUUAAGCUCUUUCAAUCUGUUGGGACAUACAGCACCUAUCCAGGCUGGAUCCCUUCUACUUGUGGGCCCGUUUCUUGAUUACUGGUUAACAGAAAAGAGAGUCGACAUGUUUAAAUAUGAUCUUUCCUCUAUGGUUUUCUUGGUGUUAUCUUGUACGAUUGCAGUAGGGACGAAUUUGAGUCAGUUUAUCUGCAUAGGGAGAUUUACAGCAGUGUCGUUUCAGGUGCUAGGGCAUAUGAAAACGAUACUUGUGUUGAUUUUAGGGUUUAUAUUUUUUGGGAGAGAAGGGUUGAAUGUUCAUGUGGUGGUGGGGAUGAUUAUAGCGAUAGUGGGGAUGAUUUGGUAUGGGAAUGCAUCGUCAAAACCUGGUGGGAAAGAGCGUCAUGCACAUUUGCUUCCUAAAACGAAUCAGCAUCAGAAAUAUGGGUCAACGGGAAUAUUGGAGAGUGAAGAAACAAGUGAUAAGGUCUGAUUAUUGGAUAGAAUUAGAAUAUAUGAUAAUUUUUAGUUAAUACCCGGAAUUUGUUUUGAUUAACUUAUUAUUAUUAUCAUAUUCUUGGAAAUCGUUUGCGUAUAUGUUUAUAUGGAGAUCAUUGUGAUAGUUGGGAAUCCGGAC